GUGUGUCAAACAUGUUUAGUUAUCAUGCUUGUAUAGACUGUAUAGGGUUAUCUUCUAGAGAGUACAACAUUUAGGUAUAUGUUUGUGUACUCUCUCUCUCUAUUCAUCAAUUUCACUGUUUACCCGAAAAAACUCCGGGCUAUUCAGGAGUGGAAACCGCCAACAAAUCUGCAGCAGCUGCAAUCAUUUCUGGGUUUCGUGAAUUACGUACGGAGGUUUAUACCCAACAUGGCGGGGUUAACUGGACCUCUAACUGACCUACUGCAGAAGGGGACUUUUUACGAGUGGGGGGAGAAGCAGCAAGCUGCGUUCGAGGCAUUAAAAAAUCUUUUAAUGUCGCCACCAGUACUUCGCAUCGCUGACCCGGAACGGCCCUUCGAAGUCAUCACCGACGCAAGCGACAUCGCCAUCGGAGCAGUGCUCAUGCAGGAUUUCGGCAACGGGCUUCAACCAAUCGCGUACGAGUCUCGGAAAAUGCAAUCUGUUGAGCGCAACUACCCAGUACACGACAAGGAGAUGCUGGCGAUCGUCCACGCGUUCAAAAUCUGGAGGUGCUACCUGACUGGAGCAGACGUGACGGUGCGAACCGAUCACAAAUCAUUACAGUUUCUGAGGGCACAGCCGAAUCUCAACCCGCGGCAGAUACGCUGGCUGGACUAUCUGGAGUCGAACUUCACGUACAAGAUCAUGUAUAAAAAGGGUGCCAACAAUAUUGCCGACGCCCUUUCCAGACCAUCUGCCCAACUCGCAGCAGUACUAGUCGCCCAGAGCAACCCGCUACUGAGUGGACUAUUUACCCACGGGUAUUCGACUGACCCCUUCUUCGUAAACGACGGCCAUCUCCCAAUCACUACGCGGAAAGGCGUCUAUUACUUACGAAGCGGGACUGAUCGAAUUUGGGUCCCAAGUUAUCGUCUACUUCGCGAAUUACUAAUUCAAGAAGUCCACGAUUCGAAUUUAUCGGGACAUUUCGGGGUUGAUAAAACUCUGAAGGCGUUGCAGCGGUUUUAUUACUGGCCAGAUAUGGUGACGGACGUGCAGCGUUACGUGGUCGCGUGUCCGAUCUGCCAGCGAAUGAAGUCGUCACACCAGCGGCCCACAGGACUACUGCAGCCCCUCGAGCCACCUCAACGCCCAUGGCAACACGUAACGAUGGAUUUCGUUACGGGACUACCGGCCGGACCCAGCGGAAACGACGCAGUGUUGGUUGUCGUCGACCGAUUGACGAAAAUGGCGCAUUUUGCACCAUGUCGUACAACCAUCACAGCCGAAGAAACAGCGCGCCUGUUCAUCUCGACCGUCGUUCGCCUACACGGGAUACCAGCAGCAAUCAUUAGCGAUCGAGAUCCGAAGUUCACGUCCAAAUUCUGGCAGGACACGUGGGCUCGGUACGGCACGCGCCUACAGUUCUCAUCCGCGUAUCAUCCACAAACGGACGGCCAGACGGAAAGGACAAAUCAAACAAUGGAGCAGCUGAUUCGGACAAACUGCCCCGACCGAAACAAAUGGGAGGACGUGCUGCCCAUGUUGGAAUUUUCCUACAACAACGCGCCCUCGGCUACGACUAAUCACUCCCCGUUUUACCUCAAUUACGGGAUGGACCCUACAGUGCCAAUCUCCACCAACGUUGAGAGUCAAGUACCACGAUCACAGCAGUUCGUCGAAGAACUACAGACUGCCCGCGACAAAGCUGUCGAACUUAUUCGCAAGGCGAACGCAACUGCCCGACGGUAUACGGAUUUACAUCGCCGGGAUAUUACGAUGACAGCGGGGCAACUAGUCCUUUUGGACACCAAGAAUUUACGACUGCCACUACCGACAAAAUUGCGACCACGUUUCUGUGGCCCAUUCAAGAUCUCUAUACAAACAUGACAAAUACACAUGUUUGACACAC